CCGUCGCCGGGUCCCGUUGACUAUUGCGCCUGCGUACCGCCGGGAGGCUCUCGGUGUCUCGGAGAACCGGAAAGGACGUUGGUGUAGAGGUGAGGACAUUCACUACCAUGAGUUCCGGUGCAUUGCCUAAACCUCAGAUGCGUGGUCUUCUGGCCAAGCGUCUGCGGGUUCAUAUUGUUGGGGCAGUCAUUGUGGCCCUGGGAGUUGCCGCUUCCUAUAAGUUUGGCGUGGCUGAACGAAGAAAGAAGGCAUAUGCAGAUUUCUACAGAAAUUAUGAUUCCAUGAAAGAUUUUGAAGAGAUGAGGAAGGCUGGUAUCUUUCAGAGUGUGAAGUGAUUUCAGAAUGCAAAGAAUUCUUUGGAUUGCGCUCCGUAGAAGUUCCUCCCCGACUUGGGUUCCUGAACUAUGAAACUUGACUAUAUGGGCUACGGAGUAGUUUCUCUCAAUAAAUAAUUAUAUGGACAAUAA